CUCCCAAGGCGGUAGCCGAUCCGAUACUGACGUCACGGGACAAGGACAGCACAGCACCCUCUCACCCUCUCCCAUGCGGCCAUGCCCGGGCAGGGCUCCCGGCUCCAUUUCUACGUGACCCCCCCGCGCCGAGCCCGCUCCCCUGGCUGCCAACGCGAGCUGUACCCAAUUCCCCUCAUCCCGAGAAACGCCCCCAGAAACCAGGGGCAGCCACGCACCAAGAACCACCCACGGCGACCACCGCCCACCGCCCCCGCGCUCCGUCCGCCCCCCUGCGCAUUGCACAGACCGUGACCUACCUCGGUGAGCCGUGAACGAGUUCCCCAAUUCCCUAAUCCCACCACCUCCCCACCGGACCGGCAAUUCUUCCGCGAGUGUGAGUUCCUCGUUCCGGAUUUUCGUUCCCCUUGCGAGCCGUCCACGUCCACCUCGCGCUGUUGGAUUGGAUCGGGUCACCGCCGCCGCGGAAAAAGCUGACUUUUUUCUUUUUCGGCCGAGCGGGGACGCCGAGCUGUGCUGUGAUCCGGCGUCGCACACCUGGGCUCUGGUGGUUCCGGUUCUUAUCCGGAAAGGGGGGCGGGGGCGGCAUCCGAGGCGGGAGGGAGAGUGGUGGGGCGGGCCACGCCCACGAGCGCCACGUGACGAGCGGUUGGCGAUGGCGACGAUGGGCGCGGGAAAGCGCAGCGGCGAGGGCGCCGCGUCGAGGCUUACAUAAGGAGGAGGAGGGCGGGGAUCCCGUUGCGUGCCGUACCGUGGGAAGGGACCGACCGAGGGACAGGAGAGGAGAGGAGCGGAGAGAUCUGGGCUGUUCCGUUCCUGAGCUGCUGCGAGUGGGGAGGGAGGGAGGGGGGUCGUCGUCGUCGUCGGUCGAGGAAUGGGGACCGCGCUGGAUGCCGCGGCCUUCGGGUCGGUGGACGGCGUGGUCGGGGAGAUCAUGCGGCUGCACCGCUCCCUGCCGGCGCGCCCGGCGCUUGAGGAGGUGGAGGCCGCCGAGGCGCUGGCGCACGCCGCCGACCGGGAGGAGCGGGCGCGCCUCGACGCAGUCGCGCGCCUGCGCAGGCCGCCCGCCGUCCCCGACGAGCUCUUCGGCGUCGCCCUCGAGAUGCACCGCGCGCUCGCCGCCUUCCACUGCCGGGAGCAGAAGCGCGACGCCACGAGGCUCCUCGAGCUCGACGCGCUCCACGGCCUCUUCGACGACCUCAUCCAGCGCGCGUCGCAGUGCGUGCCGUCCAGCUCCAGCUCCAGCUCCACCCGCGCCGCGCCGCGCGUCACUGCCUCCAAGGCCGCUGUGACCACCGCUGCCGCUUCGUCUUCCUCCUCCGCCGCGUCGUCGUCAGCGGUGGCUGCGGAUAGCAGCACUGACCGCUACUCGUCGAUGGGAGCUAAUGGGUACAGCGCGCAGAGGAUGGUGACCGGCGUGGGGCGUGUCUCCAUGGACGACAGCUACGUCAAGAAGGCCAAGGCUGCAGUGUGGGACGACGGCGGUGCGGCAGGGAGCUCUCAUAUGCCGCGAGGAGCUGUUGCAGCAAACUCUGUGGCGACUCGUGCGGAUGGUUAUGGUGAUGGCAACGAGAAAUUGACUCUCAUUAAGCUAGCUAGUAUGAUUGAAGUGGCUGCAAAGAAGGGCGCUCGCGAUCUCAACCUGCAAGGCAAACUCAUGAACCAGAUCGAGUGGCUCCCUGAUUCAAUUGGAAAACUCACUGGACUUGUCACCCUUGAUAUUUCGGAGAAUCGGAUAUUGACCUUGCCAGAAGCAAUUGGGAGGCUUUCUUCUUUGGCCAAGCUUGAUGCUCAUUCUAAUAGAAUUUCUCACCUUCCUGAUUCGAUUGGGGAUCUUUCUAACCUGAUAUAUCUCGACCUGAGGGGUAAUCAGCUUGCAUCAUUGCCGCCAAGUCUUGGUAGGUUGGUGAAGCUUGAGGAGCUUGAUGUGAGUGCAAACCAUCUUACCUCACUCCCUGACGCAAUUGGAAGCCUCAAACAUCUGAAGAAGUUAAUUGUCGAGACAAACAACCUUGAUGAGUUGCCGUACACUAUUGGCAAUUGUGUGUCACUGGUGGAGUUGCGGGCAGGCUACAAUCACCUCAAGGCCCUCCCAGAGGCCGUCGGGAAGCUAGAGUCUCUGGAGGUCCUCUCUGUGCGAUACAACAGUAUUAGGGGGCUUCCAACAACAAUGGCAUCUCUCACAAAGCUGAAGGAGGUUGAUGCAAGUUUUAAUGAGCUUGAGUCUAUUCCUGAGAACUUCUGCUUCGUUACUUCUCUUGUUAAACUGAACGUCGGGAACAAUUUUGCUGACCUGCAAUCCCUGCCUCGUUCUAUUGGGAACCUUGAGAUGCUGGAAGAGUUGGAUAUAAGCAAUAACCAGAUUAGGGUGCUUCCUGAUUCUUUUGGAAACCUGCAGCAUCUCCGUGUGCUCCGUGCCGAAGAGAAUCCUCUGCAAGUGCCACCAAGAGAUGUAGCUUUAAAGGGAGCUCAGGCUGCUGUUCAAUACAUGAGUGAAUAUGUUACCAAGAAAGCCACAAGAUCACAACCAACGAAGACAAAGAAGACUUGGGUUCAGUUAUGCUUUUUCUCCCGGCCUAACAAAAGAAAGCACGACCGGAUAGCGUCGUGAUUUAUUGUGAGAUUGAUGGCAUGAAACUGCUGUUUUUUCAACCCUUUGCUUCUGAAAAGAACUAAUGGGUGCAUCAUCAUCAAUGGCUACUGUUGUAUGGGUCAACAAGAUGUGAUGCCCAGAGCUUUCCCUUGGACGAUGCUGCAGCUUUCACCUCUAGAGCCAAGAUGCUCAGGUUUCAUGGAACCUACUCACUCUUCGUUCCACCACACCAGCUCAACUUUGAAUAACCCCUGGAAGAGUUUUGCUUCAGCUAAAGAAUCUGGAAGUUGUGUAAUCUCUCAGCCUUUUCCUAUGAUCGAGGGCAGCUGUGUAAAGAGACCUAGAAGACUGCUGAAGACUUGUCAAUAUGCAUAAUAUACAUGCAUCCGGUGAAACGAAGACCUUUGGUUAUUUAUAAGAUUUGUUUUCAGAGAUCAUCUUUUUUCUUUAUUUGACCAUAUAUGUUCUUUUAAAGUUCUAAAGUUAGGACUAGAAUUCUGCAAGAUACCAGAUGGCUGGGUUUGCUGCAGUCAAAUCUUAAGGAACGACGGUCAAACUUUAUUGGCCCCCCCUUUUUUGUAUUCCUUAAUAUUUAUUUAGUGCAUUCUGAGAAGUGUCUGUUAUAAUCAGUGUGCUACAAUCUUUCUGUAGAGAUUCAUAAAACAAAAGUUUUUUUAUUUAUUUUUAUUUUUUAUAGAUUUUACAUGUUUCUAUCUGAUACGAUUCUUCUCUCUUGUAAUCUGGGGCCUUAUAAGCAGCAUUCUCAGCACAAGGGUCUGGAAUGUAGUUUUUUCUGUAAAAAAAA